GUGAUGGUCAACCGUGAAAAGCAAAAACACCAUCUAAACAAUUUAUCAACUUCUAUAUUUUUCAAAACUUACCGUACAUAGAUGCUAAACCCACUUCUCCGCCAUGAAGGGGGUGUUAUACAUAGUGGUUAACGGCGACAGAAGCAACACCGGUGGAAGAGAGUCGCGUCGCGCACCUCUUCACGGAUUAGAGCAAUAGAACUGCUGUUUUGGGGAAUAAUGGCGGAACAGAGCUAUCGGUCUUCCCCAGAAACCCUAAUGUCAUUUCUUGAAGAAUUUCAAGCCAAUUUGGAUUCACUGCCCAAUAUUCUUCAUAAGAAAUAUGCCUUGUUGCGUGACCUAGAUAAGAGUUUACAAGAUAAUCAAAGACAAAAUGAACAGCGUUGUGAGCAAGAAAUUGAAGAUAUUAGACGAGGAGUUAGGUCUGGAAACAUCACACUCGAUACUUCAGUUAUUAGAUUAUCUGAUGAAGCACUUGAUGAACAAAAGCAUAGCAUCAGGAUUGCUGAUGAAAAAGUUGCCUUGGCUGUCCAAGCUUAUGAUUUGGUAGAUACACACAUACAACAACUUGAUCAAUAUCUGAAAAAGUUUGAUGAGGAGCUUCGGCGUGAAAGAGAACAUGCUGCAAUGACUGGAGUGCCUGCUUCAAGUACAGACGGCAACACAAAAUCUGGAAAGAGUGAAGGCGGUAGAGGAGGCAGAAAAAAAACACGGCAAACAGCAUCUGUCCAAACUGCAAUAGCAGCAGCAACUGCAGCAGCAGCAGAACUAGCCACAUCUGCAAACCCUACUGGCAUGGAUUUAGAUUUACCGGUUGAUCCGAAUGAACCCACAUACUGCUUUUGCAAUCAAGUUAGCUACGGAGAAAUGGUUGCCUGCGAUAACCCUGAUUGCAAAAUAGAGUGGUUUCAUUUUGGUUGUGUUGGAUUGAAAGAACAACCAAAAGGAAAAUGGUUCUGUUCAAGUUGUGCAGCAACAAGAAAUCGCCGGAGAGGCAAAUGAAAGCUGGCAGAGUAAUAAGAUCAAUGUUAAACUGAGUGUAUAUUCACCAUUCAUAAUAUUUUUAUAUAGGAUAGGUAUUUUGUUUGAUUUAUCAGGGCCUUGAAACUUUUCUGUUGUAGUUGUAAUUGCUGGAAAAUUUUGAAAUUAUAAACUUCCAAUGACAUACUGUAUCAUUUUAGUC